AUCCAGCAUGGUGACCUCCUUGGUGUGUGAAUACAGCCGGGGCUUACAGGAAAUGAAGACGAGUGAAGUGCUAGCUGUUAUAGAGUAAGUGAACUGUCAAACAGGUUUAUCGUUAUAUUUAUUUUGAGUAGUUUAUUUCGCAGGAAUCAUAUUCAAGUCAAGGAAUCAUACAGCUGUCAUGUAUAAGGUUCCAUCUGCUUUUAAUUUACUGGAUAUAGCCCUUAGUUUAUGUAUACGUUUAUAAGUCAUGUUGUAAAGUGAAAGAAUGGCUUUGCAGAUGCCCUUUGCUGGACUCCUGUUCAUGCACAGACUGGUGAGAAUUAGCACAUCCACUCAGAGACAUCUCAGCAGCAGGGACACACUUGUAAAGCUCCACAAAUGUAAGAGGGAGAUCAGACACUUUUCAACUGCUUCUGUGAGAUGCAACGAGAAUGAGGGAGACACCAGACUGACCUCCAGACAGGCACUGCUGUCAAGAAGGAGGCGACCCCUGUCUCCCCUGGAGAGGAUCAGCAGCCUGCUGCCUGAGGACGCCCUGAGCCCUGAGGUGAUGCAGCUGAGGGAGCAGAACCAGCAAGACCCUGAAGGAGAAGCAGACAUCCAGGUAUCGGGCACACACUGCUCACAAGAGGAAGGUGGACAUGAUGGAGUUUCAGAAGAGGAUGGCUCAGAUGCAGCUAUGGAGACAAACCCAUCAGAGGCUCAGAUGAGGGGAACAUCUCAUGAGGAAGAAGGGUUGACACCACCCACACUUCCUGGGGAGAGCUUGCUUGUGUUUGGGGAGCUGGUUGUCGCUGAGUAUCACAGGAGGAAAUGGCGUGGGGAGUUCAGGAAGAUGUUUGAACUUAAGCCGGGGGCACAUCUGCAUAGCAGCUGGGGGGCAAUUCGGCAUGAGGAUAUAGCCGGGCAGCCAGCAGGUUGCUUCCUGAAGACAACCAUGGGGGCUUCGCUCCUUCUACGACGGCCCAGUCUGGAAGAUUAUGUGCUGUAUAUGAAGAGGGGGCCAGCCAUCUCAUACCCUAAGGAUGCAGCUACUAUGCUCAUGAUGAUGGAUGUCACAGAGGGAGACUGUGUGUUGGAGUCAGGAUCGGGGUCAGGGGCCAUGUCUCUGUUCCUGUCCAGAGCAGUUGGCUCUAAGGGCAGCGUGCUGAGUGUGGAGGUCAGGGAGGACCACCACACGAGAGCGGUGCGGAACUACAAGCACUGGAGGAUGUCUUGGAACCUGCGACGAGGGGAGGAGUGGCCCGAUAACGUCCAGUUUCACAACGCCGACCUCUGUACGGCUUCCUCGCUCCUCGCUGCUAAGGGAUUCCAUGCGGUUGCUCUUGACAUGACCCACCCUCAGCUGGUUUUACCCACUGUGACUCCACGUCUGCACCCUGGAGCUGUUUGUGCUGUCUACCUUGCCAAUGUAACACAGGUCAUCGACCUGCUGGAAGGGAUUCGAUAUUCUGCGCUCCCUUUGCUGUGCGAGCGCAUCAUGGAGGUUUCAAACCGACACUGGUUGGUGGCUCCGGCCCUCCAGAAAGAUGGAAAACACUGCAUCAGGAAAGCUCCAAUCCUGGACGGAGACCAGAGGGAGGCGGGGGAAGCAUCAGAUGAGACUGAUGAAGAAGAGAUGACCACAGAGGAACACCCAGCCUUCGGGAGUAUUCCCUACAUCGCUAGACCUCAUCCUGAACAAAUGAGCCACACAGCAUUCCUGGUGAAACUGAGGAAGAUUGUGAGGUAGCUGUGCUGCCUGUGAGAAAGCCUGGACAAAAAUAAUUGUGACAUAUCAACCUAUUUAUCUCCUUACUGUAAAUAAUCUGAAAACUAACAAGGCCAAAAUGUUCACUGUGGUGUAUUUUAAGGAGAUGUCUACUUUGUAAAUGCAAAGUUAAAAAUCCCAGACAAUAGAUAAUCAGUACAUUUAGUAAAUAAGGGUCAGAAUGAUGCACUGUAAACUUACUGCAUGUAAAGAGCAACAUAUUUGUAUGUACCCCAUUCCUGUAAUGGAACCAAGUUAAGUUAAUAAAACCAGGUUGUCAUAAAGACUCAAAAACACAAACCGGUUCAAGCUUUUAUUCAAAAUGUCACAAGGCAGUAUUGGACUAUGAAACAGGCACAUUGGCAACAAUCCUAAAAACACACCCAGUUGAAUCCCAGUACAUUUAAGGACAUGUAUCGCAGGCUAAACUAUAAUUUAGCCAAAAUGUUGAACUUAUUUUUUGACAGUUAUAUUUAACAUCUGUGAAUAAAUAAGUGUGUCAAAAAACAGAAGUGCUUCAGUACAUAAAUAAAUAAAUACAUAAAUAAAUAUCAAGAACUCAGUGCAGGCUAAACAGGUCUUUGGUGUUCCACAUCAAUCUUUAUAUAUUUUCAUCACAGUAUGAUGCAUGGAUUUCUCAGUCACUUAAAUGGUUAACUUUGUUCUGACAGUUCCGUUAAUUCAGCACUGUGUUCACAUUAAACACAAACUAGUGAGUUGAA